CCUCUAGCUAAAUGCCCAGGCAUGUAGUUUAAUUUUGUACCGGAUCCGCAUUGUUAACUGGGUAGGUGAACAUCAAGAGAUACAGAGCCGUAUCCAUGCACUAACUUGUUGGAAAAUGAUCAUCUGUACGAAAAAAAUGGAUUACCCCCUCGGAACCCAAUGUCAGCGCGUCCAGAAGCAGGUAUUUUUCUUGGUACUAAAAAGCUAGUCAACAUUAACAUUUACGAUUAACUAGCUGGCUAGUAAUGAAGUUAAAUCGACAGUGUCGUUCGUUCAUUCAUUUGCCCUGAAAAAACUUAAGGCAGAUAUUGUCUCCUUUCACGAAACUAAUGUAAAACUAACGUUAACGUUAAUUAGAUGGCUCCAGAACCACUUCAUAUGAUGAGGUUGGUUUUAGGCUCGAGCUAAAACUUUUACUUUAUCUAGCUAGCUAGCUAACGUUAAUUAUUUAAAUUUCCUAGAUAACUGCCUUGCUAACUCAGACAACUGAAUUGAUAACUAACGUUAGAUGACAGUUGACCAGGGGCAGGUGAGCAGCUAACUAUCAAGUGGCAAGCAGUUUAGCUAGCCUGCGAAUUAACAUGAGCAAGCUAAUAAGUUAGCUCUAGUUUACUAACGUUAGCUAGUGACUUAUUGUUUCUCAUCUCUGAAAUAACAUAGCUAAGGUAGUUAACUAGUUUAACUAGCCAAUGUGCCAACGGCAACAAUGCAAUGGCCAUACAUUGUCAGUCUGGCUAGGUAACUAGCUACUUGAGUGGAAGAUAAGCUUUCAAUCAUUUUGUCAGUCAAUGAAUGGGAAGUUGCUGUUGUUGCAAAAUGGUUUAGUCAAAUAGCUAGCUAAUCGGUUAAGCGAAAUGUCUAAAUUAUGUGGACAGGACAUAUUCAUUCAACUAAAUUAAUGGGAUUGAGUGGUUACCUAGAAUGUAACGUUAGCUAGCCAAAAUGGAUUGACAACUAACACCUGUUAAUAUGUAAACUAUAAUACUGUAAUUCCUGAUAUCUUUGCAUUAUAAUCGUAUUUUUCCUGCCCAGGUUUGAUAUGCAGUGCUAUCAGCCGCCUACUCUUUUCUCUUUUUGUGGGAGAAUGUGAUAAUGACAUCAUCUCUAGAGAUUUGCUCGUGCAGAAAAAAGUGUCUGCUAAUGCAAUGUCAUUCUAUAAUUUUGCCAUUUAGUCAGUCUCUUAUGACGGUUUACAAAUAAUCUAGGUUACAAACGAACAAAGGUUUGUCGUUGACAAUCAGAAUUCGAGGAGCUGAUUUUCUGUUCUGUUUCAAUCCGCCUCAUGCGUUGUCCUCUGCCAUAAUGUAAAACGUUUGGUAAAUAUAUUUAUUUUGUGUGUCUUUUUUCACUAAGAUGUUGACUUCUUUGUGCUCUGUGAUGCUGGGUGCACUGCCAAUCAAAUUUGUUUUUCUCUUUUCUGUGCUGAUUUUCCCAUGUACAGCCGAAAGGGGGCAGUGCGGAUAGGAUAACUUGUUUACUGCAAUUCAACAUUCAGAAGUUGCUAGAACAAUAGAGGAAUGUGAUCAGUGACAUGAAUUCCUUAAUAUUUUAUAUGAAGAUAGACCUGACCUGUGCCUACGCUUCGUCUACAAGUGCACUUGCAUAUAAGGGUUCAGAGACCUAUGUUCAAUGCAAUUUAUUUAUAUGUCAGAUGCGUCACCUUUAUGUCCUGCAGCAAACCUGUCAUAAAUAAAUAUAUGAUAAAUACCUUAAGAGAUUUUCACCAGGUGUUUGCAGAUUUCACUAGACAGGAGCAAUAUGUUGAUCAUGUUUAUGUGAGGUAUAUUUCUCAUUUGAAUAAAUAAGAUCCUAUAAGAGGUUUACAGUUUGGACAUUUGUUGCGGCUCUGGUGAGAAAACAACAGGCAUAUUGUUGCAUCAUGUUUUUGGGUGUUCUCUCUUUGCGCAGAAUAAAAAACGUCACAUCAUAAAUAAGCUUGCUGCAAAGUGUGCACACUUGCCCAAAGUAGGGUCCCCUUACCACCUUAUCUCCUGUCAAUUAAAGUGCCACAGAUAAAUGGCAGGCGUUGAAAACGGUCUUAUCUGAUGCCAUGGAUAUGAUUUGGCCAUUCUUAGGCAUGGUUUUAGUUUGGGGAAAAUGCAAAUCGGAGAGAGGGUUGAAAAGGGGGGAUUAUGAAUGUGUACCUAACCAGGUUACAAAAGAUAACUAGAUCAAGCAAAUAAAGUAACCUGAAUUCUGAAAUACAUUGUGUGCAUUAGGACUUGUGUUUCUAGUCUUUAUGUUCAGCUGUAUGUAGGCUGGCAAGAGUGCAGGUUUGUGUGUGUGUGUCUUAUCCAGUCUUUCUAUGUAGGCACCAUAUCAUCUGGCUCUACCUGUCUGUCACCUUUUCUGAAGUUCUGUUUCGUGUUAUACAAGUUUGCCUGUGUGUCUCCAUAUGAAUUCUGGUAUGUUUGUGUUGGUCGUCUAUAGCUGCUGUCCUGCCCAGCUCCCCCCUCCUCUCCCCCUGCGGGCUGCAGCUGGCUGUUUUGCACUCCUCCCUGGGUUCAGGUUGCAGAGCCAAAAACAGGGCUCGCCGUUUGUGUUUCUGGUGAAGAGGGACGAGUGUGUUAAAGGCAGGCAGCUGGGACACUAGCAGAGCAGCGCAUGACAAGGACAGACCCCUUCAGCCUCACUCAGAAUGCAGAUUGAAUAUCCCCCUCUCUCCUCCUCCAUCUGCAGCUGACCCCCUCCUCUGCAGCCCCCUGCACUACCUCCCUCACUCCCUCCCACAUUUACCCUUGGAACGACUACUGGCAUAAUGUUUCCACUCUUUGUUCUCAUCUCCGCAUACCUCUCAUUUCCUCUCGUAAACGCAACAAUUUUUUAGGCCAUUGUUGUCUAUUCGUCUGUUUCCCAAACCCCUUUUCCCAUCUUUGUUUGUUUGUUUCUUCUACGUCUUUCCCUCCCCUCACCACUGCCACUUUCUUUUGCAUCUCGUUUAUACCUUGUGAUGUUCUCUGAUCAAUAAACAAAUGUAUGGACGUAUGUAGAAUUUAUGUAAUGUGUAAUUUCCUGUCUGGGACUGAUGCCAUUUCAAUUUGACUAGGCAACUUUUUAUAUUGGAACAUGUCCAAACAUGUUGGAGAUUAAUUUCCCUAUUAGAGCAUGCCAAGAUGUCUGGGUAGAUGAAUUGUACCUUAUAGAAAAUGUAGGCCAAAUAUAUGCCGGUGUGAUAGUUUGAAGUGUCUGCGAUUGUCUGGUCUGGUUUGAUUCAUUAGUGACCCAUUAAAUAAUGCCAACAACAAUGAAUGGAAUGACUAGUUCUAUGUCUUCAGAAUCAGAUCACUCAUCAUGCCUUUUAAAUGGUGACUGACUUGUUGAGAGGUGCUGAACGUACAUGUCUUUAUUGUGGCUCUGGGAGCCUGUUUUUCUGGGUCAGCCGUGAGGUGGGGUGUCGUCAGGCUUGGUUAUCGGGCCCUGCUGAAAUGGGAUAUAUUUACAGGGGGAGUGGGGCAUGGAGUCUAAGGCUCGGAGCAUCCUGGUUGGGAAUGGGGUUCUAUCUGGGACACUGACUGGUCUGGAACGUUGUCAUUCCAGCUUUAACGCAUCGAUUGGACAGACAGUAUUAAUAAAACACAUUAAUAAUGUGGUGUCAUGGCACAGCACCAUGGCAGGCUUUAAAAAGCCUGGCAGAGCCCUGACAUGAUUCCCCCUACUGAAAUGAAACUCGUGUUUCAUUCGCUUGUAUGGAAGUUGAUUCUCAGAAAGUUCCUCGAAAUACCCUUGGAGGCUUGGUUGGACUGAGUUCUUAAAGAGUGGGAGUUUCUUGAGGCUUGUUUAUUGAUGCCUGUUGAAGCCAGAGAGAACACUACCAUGGAGCGUGGGUCCACAAAUGAGUUGUGUGUGUGUGUGUGUGUGUGUGUGUGUAUGCGCAGACACAUGUCUGUAUGGUUGUGAGUAACAAACACCUGUGUCAGUGCCAGAGACAUUGAUAUUAGACAGGCGAGGCCCCAGUCAUAGAGUUGAGUUCCCAUGUUCCUUGAAAGUGGGUCGCGUCCGAGUCUGCAUGUCGGAGCGUUCACUCCUGUUUGCUACGCUCUCUAUCACUGAAUCUCUUCAUCUUCUCUCUCUUCAAAGGCCUCCACACAUCCAUACAAUGCAUGCUUUAUAUAGGCUUACCAUGAGAUUGACAGUCAAUAGCAGUUGCGUGGUGAUAAAACGGACUACGGUCAUUGUGAAUGAGGACUCAUACUUGAAGGACAUAGAAAUGGAAUGCCACAUUUAAUCAUUGAGGCAAUGAAUUCCAUGGGCUGUCAGCUGAGUGAUAAACCCCCUAUGCCUGUCCUGUUUCCCCUCUUGACAUCCACCAACACAUUGUAUUCAUUUUAUAUUGGAAGGUCUUUGUCCCUAAUGCUGGAGGAAGAGCUGCGCCACCUGCUGGGUAAGGCGUGAAGUGUUUUUAUGAAACAGAGAAGCCAGUGAGAUAUGCUAACCUGAUGGUCAAAUGCCAAGGAGCUAUUCCAUAAGGCGGUGGAAAUAAAUAACGACUACUGAUAUAGAUAUAGCUUUGGUAUGACGGGGGUCAUAACUCUACAGUGGUGGGUUACUGAAAACACCAGGCUCUGCCAGCAGAGGUUGCUGAGCCACUUGGCCCCUUGGUAAGCUGGCCUGGCCUCUCACAUUUCACACACUGGGGAACCGACUCAAGAUCUGCUCUCAGCCUCUCUCUCUCCGGCCUGGUGCCAACACCUUUUCCUAGAAGCCGUUGUAUGAGAGUGAGAGAGGUAAUAAAUGUCUUUAGCCUUUACAAAACCAGGCUCUUUCUCUAUUAGUCCAUAUUUCUCUUGGCCGAUGUCUCUCUCCUUCUCCCCAGCCAGUCUUUCGCUCGCUAUUCCUCCUUCGUUGCUGUGGUUCUUCCCUCAUUGAGGCCACAUUCAGUUGCAGCCUGGUAUGUUCCCAUACACCUGAGCUCCUCUGCUCUUCUCUACUCAGGUUAUCAACUCCUCUCAUUGUAAAAUGGAGGACUUUGAGCAGUUUUGGUAUUAUUCAGGGUACCACUCUUAAUUCACUAAUCUCAUUGCAUCCUCCUAUGACUAUUGAUCUGUUUGUCUUUUGGUUGAUCCUCCCUGGUAGUGCGAAUGUGUAGGAUGCUGGGCUCUUUUCUUUACCAGCAAGUCUGUCUCUGCCUGAAAAGUGUGCAGAUCGGCCUUGUUUGUGUUUUGCAGGGGAAUAUUGUGAGGAAUGUCUAGUGGUACAAUAUCUCUGCUGCUGUUACAAGAAGGCUCCUGUCGAGGAUUGAUUCAAAGUUUAUAACCCACAGCUCAGUCCUGACGUGCCUGCAAUGCACAUACUGAUCUCACUGUAGGCUGACACCACAGGGACCUUCAAAACAGAGGCUAUCCUGCAAUUAUUUUAUUUUCCAUUUUGUUAUAAACAUUGAUUUUCACCUGGCAAGGAGGAAGAUGCAUAGACCUAGUUGGCACUUGCUGUGUGCAUUCAGUCAGUGACAUAUUGUCUCUGCCACCUGUCUCACCCUCCUCUUCCGCUGGUCCAGGUGAUGAAGGUGAACGCUGAGAAGGAGCGGGCGUCGCUGUGGUGCAUGAAGGCUCUGGCCAGCAGGGGGUGUGUGGACGCCGUGUCCCAGCAGAUGGCCUCUCACCCCCAGUACCUGGAAAGCUUCCUCCGCACCCAGCACUACAUCCUCCACAUGGACGGCCCCCUGCCCCUGCAGUACCGCCACUAUAUCGCCAUCAUGGUGAGGCCACUGGACACACACACACAGCGCAUGAUGCACAGAAAUGCAUCUUGUAUUUGCACCAAUCAUGCACACCCACGCAUAGUUGCACACACUUGCACAGACAUGUAACCACCUCAAUCCACCCACACUCAAGGACGCCAAAGCACUUUCAUAUACAUAAACAGUCACUCGUUCUCGGCUCAACCCACCCACGCACAAUGACACAAACACGGUCAACAUGCUGGAGACAAGCCUGUUAUUGUUGUAGAUGUACUUGUAUUUAAGUGCUUCUCUCGCUCUUUCUCUCCCCCCCCAGGCUGCAGCGCGGCAUCACUGUGGCUACCUGGUGUCUCUGCACUCUGCCCAGUUCCUCAGGGUGGGGGGCGACCCACUGUGGCUACAGGGGCUGGAAGCAGUCCCCCCUCGCCUACAACACCUUGACCAACUCAACAAGGUUCUUGCCCACCAACCCUGGCUCACCGCCCGCUCACACAUACAGGUACCACAGGAACCAGCUCUUAGAAAGAAUAUGUAACAUUCCUACAGAUCAGAUAUUUGGAUGCUGAUUCUUAGCUUUGUGGUUUAGUGUCAUAUCCUUGAUCAGUACAUUUACAUUCUAGUCAUUUAGCAGACACUCUUAUCCAGAGCAACUUACAGCAGUAAGCCUUGCUCAAGGGCACAUCAACAGAUUUUUCACCUAGUCUGCUUGGGGAUUCGAACCAGCAACCUUUCGGUUACUGGCCCAAUGCUCUUAACCGCUAGGCUACCUGCCAGCCCUGUCUAAUCUCCACCAUGAGGCCCACUCUGCUGUGUCCUUCCCCCACCAGGCGUUGCUGAAGACAGGAGAGCAGUGCUGGUCUCUGGCUGAGCUGGUUCAGGCUGUAGUGCUCCUGGCCCACUGCCACUCCCUCUGUAGUUUUGUUUUUGGCUCGGGCACCGACCCCGACCCCGUCCCCCUCCCCAGAGCCCCCAACGGCACCCCCCCGGGCUACUGCCUCUGUGACGCUGCCAACGGAAACGUCAGCGUGCCUCCGCCUCUCACCACGCCCUCAGAACACACACCACGACGACGGGUAAGUGUUGUGUACUGUAUCAGACUGAAUAUGACAUCAGAGCUAUUCCACAACAGAUCGUUGCCUGAAACCACAGUUUCAUGUUGCUUCAUUCUUUGACUUCACAAGUUUACAUGUUUUAUUGUUCUCUUCAUGUCUUGGCAGUCUCUGGACUCCAGUUGUGAGAUUGUGUGUUUGAAAGAGAGGAUCAAGAAAUCCCAGGAGGAGAAAGAGAGGAGGGGGGAGCGCCUUCUACACACCCAGACACUCCAGCACACAGGUACAUUGUUCCCACUCACUUUCACACCUGAGGUUGUGAGAGCUAAACUCAUGUGAACGUUGAGUGACGGAUCCCUGCUCAACUAUGUUUAUUGACCCCCUCUCACUGUCACCUCCCAGAUGUGGAAGAUAAGGAGGAGAUGAUCUACUCAGCAGACCCCUCUCGUUUCAUAACAGACCCUGAUUUCGGCUACCAGGAGUUUGCCCGUAGAGAGGAAGAACACUUCCAAGUAUUCCGGGUGCAGGUAAGUACACCGCUGAUAUUAUAUACAGCUUAUAUUCUAUGUUGGAAUAUGUGACACCCUGCUGGGAGGCGACAGGUGUCCAUGUCAGUAAAGCAGUAAAUCAACCUUGGUGGAAUGUGAGUACGGUAUACUGCCUCAUAUGUCUAUGGGUCUAUAGUUAACUGAGGUGUUACAGGAACCAUGUGAGUAUUUCAGGUUUAUUUGACUGUGUGUGUUUUUGUCUGGACAGGACUACUCCUGGGAGGACCACGGCUUCUCCCUGGUCAACCGGCUGUACUCGGACAUCGGGCACCUGCUGGACGACCGUUUCCGCAGCGUCACGGCCCUCCCCUCGUCCCACGGGCCUGACCUGAAGAGAGCCAUCUGGAACUACAUCCACUGCAUGUUGGGGAUUAGGUGAGGGCACGCUACUAGUCUACACACACGUAUACAUACAACCGGCACAAGCGCACAUCAGACAUACACACACUGCAUUCAUAGUUAGAGUUCUUGUAAAGUGAGACGCUAUCAUGAUCGUAUGCAUUGCAGCCGGGUUGGUCCUAGGAUUCAAUGCUUGUGAUUCGCUGCAAAGGACCCGCUUGGUCCGCAUUCACGUUUGCAUGACAUGUGACACCUGUGUGUGUGUGUGUGUCUGUCUGCAGGUAUGACGAUUAUGACUAUGGGGAGGUAAACCAGUUGCUGGAGAAGGAGCUGAAGCUUUAUAUCAAGUCUGUGGCCUGCUACCCUGACGCCACCAAGACCCCACUGUGUCCCCUGCCCUGGGCACCACUCAAACCUUCUGAGAGGGUACACACCUCACCUCACCCCACCCCAUACCAAUACACCCUGCGUCCAUAUACAGCUGAACUAUAUAUUGGAACUAAAUCUACUGCAUCAAAUGCAAAGUGGUCGUUUUGUGUUCUCUGUUUCAACCACAUUCCAUCUCUUGUGCUCUCUAAUGAUGUGAUCCUCUCUUUUUUUAUUCUCUUCUCUUAGAUCCAUGUGAACUUGCUGAUAAUGGAGGCUCGGUUACAGGCUGAGCUUCUUUAUGCCCUGAGAGCCAUAACCCAGUACAUGAUAGCUUAG